ACACGCGCGCGCGGUGCCGCACAUCCCGUAAAUAGAGGCUAGGAUGGACCUCGCCAGGGACACUCCUCCCUACAGCUCCAAACCUCCACCCCCAUUCCACCAACUCGGUCUAGUCCACGUCUCCCCCCCCCCGCACACAUCUCCCCACCCUCUUCAUCUCUACCCCACGGCACCCCUACACAGACCCCCCCUCCCCCCACUCGUUCCUCGUUCCCUCACCGCGCCGUCCACACAUCAGCACCUCCUUCCCCGGCAGCAUCUGUUCGUGUGCGUGCCGUCUCUGCAGAGGGCUCACACAGCGAGGCCGACGCGAGAGUCCCACAGGUGUCUUUCCGAUGGCGCGGACGCUCCUUUAGGAAGCCCCCACCGCGGGAAGGAGACCCCCAUCCCACCCCACAGAAUUCUCGUCAACCACCGGGGCGCGACCGAGCCGACCGGCCCAGAGGUCCCUUCCCCCAGAGACGUGGGGCACCCAAGACAGAGGAGACUCGAGUCCACACCCCGCCCGGCUCACGCCACGCCACCCCCGAAACGAGCCAUGAGAUCGUCGGAAAGCCUCCUCCCCCCCAACUGCUCCUCCCCGACGCUCCUUCCACUCGGCAACUCGUCGGGCUUCGACCAAGACGCGGACGACCACGACGACCUGCUGGUGACGUCCAUCAUGUGCGCUGUCAUGUCGCUGAUGUUCGUCGUCGGCGUGGCGGGCAAUGUGUACACGCUCGUGGUCAUGUGCCAGUCGAUGCGCUCGUCCGCCUCCAUGUACGUGUACAUCGUGAACCUGGCGCUGGCCGAUCUGCUCUACCUCUCCUCCAUCCCGUUCGUGGUGUGCACGAGCUUCGCCAAGGACUGGUACUUUGGCGACGUGGGCUGCCGCGUGGUGUUCAGCCUCGACCUGCUCACGAUGCACGCGAGCAUCUUCAUCCUGGCCGUGAUGAGCACGGAGCGCUACGUGGCGGUGGUGCGCCCCCUCGACACGGUCCGCCGCUCGCGCAGCUAUCGCAAGGCGCUGGCGCUCGCCGUGUGGGUCGUCUCGCUGCUGCUCGCGCUGCCCAUGAUCCUCAUGGUGGAGCUGUGCAGAGUCAACAAGACCAACGGCGAGGUGCACUACCUGUGCGCGCCCUCCUGGCGCAUGAGCUCCCUCAAGGUCUACCUGACCGUGCUGUUCGUCACCAGCAUCCUGGCCCCGGGCCUCAUCAUCGGCUCGCUGUACGUGCGGCUCGCGCGCACCUACUGGCUCUCACAGACCUCCGCCAUGGCCACCAAGGACACCAAACGCUCGCCCAACCAGAAGGUGCUCUACCUCAUCUUCAGCAUCGUGCUCGCCUUCUGGGCCUGCUUCCUGCCGUUCUGGACCUGGCAGCUGGUGAGUGUCUACCACCCGGGUGUGGCCCAAUGGAGCGAGGCGUUUGUCAACUACAUGAACAUCGUGGCCACGUGCCUCACCUACAGCAACAGCUGCAUCAACCCGUUCCUCUACACGCUGCUCACCAAGAACUACCAGGAGUAUCUGCGCAACAAGCACGGACGCGCCGCGACCACCGCCGGCGGCGUUGGGGUCUGGGCCGCGACCGGCGCCGGCUCGGGGGUCGUCCCCGCGUGCGGGGCCCAGGGAUCGGAGCGACGGCAUUGGCGGUCGGGGCGCACGCAUGGCGCCUCGCAGCGCUCCAUCUCGUCCGUCAGCCAGCCCUUCACCGAGACCAUGAUGGUCACGGGGCUGCGCGAGCACCACGAGCCGGCCGUGUAGACAGGAGGGAGAGAGGGAGAGAGAGAGAGCGGGGUGCCGUAGAUGUGCGGCUGUGGGGAGCUCUGGGUGAGAGGAUGAAGGGCUGCGGUGUAGCCACAGUAAAACGAUAGAUAUUCGUUUUGUGGAAGGGCUCCUAAUAAUGUGUUGAGGGCCUGCGUUGUGUGAUAUUGAUGGCUGUGGAUUAUUUUUCGAAUCGAGAACCGCGCGCACAAAAACGUCGCAACCGAUUGCUAAUGUUCACUGAACGUCAUCGUUGGUUAUGCACGUCCAAAAACAGCAAACAACUGUUAGCAGAGACUCGAACUGAUGCUGCAGGCCGUCAUCGCGAAGGGAUAAAGCAGAGGGUGACGCGUUCCAGAUUUUUGUAGCGCGGAGAGGCAAGGCACUUUGCGUGGCCGCAGGGUCAGCCCCGAAACUAAUUUCUCGCGGCGAGAUGGAGAGCGGCCGAUGUACACGGUGGCGUCGACAGACGCGUGGGUUAUUGUGAACGACUCGGGAAGAGCUUGAAGAGUGAGUUGAGUGUAAGUUACCGAUGGAAGGCAGCCGAGCGAUGACGACGAGAAAGAGAGAGAGAGAAAUAAGAGAAGCAGAGGCAUACGGAAACACAUGCAUCAUCAAAAAAACCUAAAUAGGAUUUCACUUCUGAGAACCGUUUCCCAAUAUUUCUAGCGACAGGCCCUGAAGGCUGCGAUUAUGGGGCAGCCCAUGACGAUGCUGUGGAACAGCUCCGUGUGUUAAGGUCACGGUCUGAUAGACGAAUCAUCAAACAUGUCACACCGAGUUCCUCCUGCUUCUUACGCUGGCAAGAAACUCAGUAGAGUUACUGCCAUCUGCAUGUAUGAUGAUGCAUCGAUGCAUCAUCAUAUAUGCGUGAAACUUGCAUCGAAUCAUGCAUGCGAGCUUCGAUU